UGUCACCCACUUUCAGCAGGCUUCACGAGAACCCUAUAGCAUCAUUUCUGCCUGUCAUUGGUCACUAUGAUGAUAAUGUUUCGGAGUCUGGGUGGGUGAUGCCGGUUCCCAUCCCUUUCGUUGUGGAUGACAAAUGACGUGUGAGGGCGUGGUGGGGUCGGCGUUUGUGCCCCUCCGACAGGGUCUUGGAUCAGAAAAGUUGCGCGAAGAAGGUGCAAUUUUACAUUUCUAAGCAACAUACUGCACCCGUCCUAUAACUUCGCGCAAACAACAGUGCGCGCUUUCUUGUACCCAUCUCUCUCACAUAUCACAAGAAUCAAAUCAGAAAGCCAAUAGCAUGGCCAUCACAAAUCCCACGCCGAACCAACCCCAGCACGACGAGGACGACAUCGACGUACAUGAUGUGGACAACACACUAGACGCCGAGGAGGCGGAAGAGAUUGUGGAGGACGAUGGCGACGUGCCCAUGGACUCAGACGACGAGGGUGACGAGGGCCGCCAAGAGAUGGAGAUGGAGAUCAACCUCCAAAACGACUCGGUCGCGCAUUUCGACGAGCACAAGGACAGCAUCUUCUGCAUAGCGCAACACCCGGUACACCACGAGAUCAUCGCGACGGGAGGCGGCGACGAUGUGGGCUACAUCAUCGACGCGUCUUCGGCGGCGGCGGCGCAAUCGAGUAGCGACGGACAACCCACCGAGCGCGAGGGCCUGAAGAGCAUCUUCACAUUAGACGGACACAAGGACUCUGUCAACGCGAUCACAUUCACCCAGCCAAAGGGACAAUUCGUCGCGACAGCUGGCUUGGACGGAAAAUUGCGUGUAUGGCAGGGCAUUCCUGACGGCAAGAAGUGGAAGUUUCUGGCAGAGGCACAAGAGGUCGAGGAGAUCAAUUGGGUCAUCCCCAACCCGUCGCCCGACCAUCCCAACGUCGUCGCGCUCGGAGCCAACGAUGGCUCAGUGUGGGUAUAUCAGAUCAGCACAGAGAAGAACAACGAGCUACAGGUCCUCCAAGCAUACUACCUUCACACCGAGACCUGUACUGCCGGCACAUGGUCGCCCGACGGUUCACUCCUCGCUACCAUCUCCGAAGACUCGAGUCUAUACGUGUGGGACGUUUUCGGCGAUGCCGCAUCACAAGGUCUCACAGCGACUACCGAUUCGCAAGCCGUGGUAGGCCUGACGGGCCUGGACGAGCGCUUCCGCGUUGAGGGCGGACUCUACUCAGUCGGCAUCCCGCCAUCAGGCGCAUUCGUCGCAGUCGGUGGCCCCGAAGGCCAGAUUCGCAUCGUCGGACUGCCCCGUCUCUCUCUCGCUGCGCCCGCGCAAGCAUCCACAUCAUCGAGCGGCGGAGGUGCAAAGAACAAAGCUGGAGGAGGCAAGCAGGCUGGCGCCAAAGGCGGUGCUUCGUCAGCUGGUCAAGCUGGUCAGAUCUUGGCAAGUCUCCAAGCCGGAAGCGACAACGUCGAAUGCAUGAGCUUCUCCUCCGCACCACUCACCCUCAUGGCCGCCGGCAACGUCGACGGCUCCAUCACCCUCUUCGACACCGCGCACCGCUUCGCCGUCCGAAGGCGGAUAGAAGACGCACAUGCCGACGACGAGUCACCACAAGCUGUCGUUAAGCUGGACUUUGUCGCCAAGGAAGGCCCUGGAGGUUGGUUGCUGACCAGCGUGGGAUACGAUGGUGUUUUGAAGCGAUGGGAUGCACGAGGUGGAACAGCCGCAGCUGGAAAGGGCCUUGUAGGCGAGUGGAAGGGACACCAGGGAGGUGGUGAAGGAGGAGGUAUCAUGGCUUUCGUACAAGGAGAUGGCGAGACAGUCGUCACGGCCGGUGACGACCAUGUCGCGCUAGUUUUCAAGACGCCUCUGACCCAGUAGACUCUGUAGAUGAUCAGAAAAUAUCGAUACCGUACAGACGACAUCGCGCUCAUUUAUGCCCUUCCACGUGGACACCAGCGUCGCCUUCUACUACACACAACCUCACCACACGAGUCAAACAAGUACCACAUCAUCUCCUGGAGACGCUAGCUACGACUGAGAUUCUCACAAACACGCCUGUAUCGCACCGGGCAAAGUCUCCACUACCAUCAACACUUCACCAACAAGUUGCUUCAUCCGGACGAUUUUGCUCUACACGCUGUUGCUUUUCUUUGAUAGGAGCUACUGGAUACCGGCCGAACUACCGGCGGUCAUGGUCUAGAUGC